AUGGCUUCUUCACAUAACAAACGAACUGAAUCCGAUUCUAAACAUUCAUCAUUCAUGGUAUUCAUAGCGGGAGCGCACUCAGCUGGUAAAACUUCUGUAGUCUUCUUUCCCAGAAAACUUCAAAAUCAGCACGACUCCUUAUACACGAUGGGCUUAGAAAUCCAGAUUGUUCCUAUAAACAAUAACUCGGUUAUUUUAUUCGACGAAGGCGGACGUUCAGCAGGUCGUGCAUUACAGCGAGCGUAUUAUCGACGAAUGACGGGAAUAAUCUAUGUAGUUGAUUCCAGUGAUCGAACAACGAUUGACGAAACAUGUAAUGAACUUCAUCAGCUCGCCAAUGAAGACGAAUUACGCACCAAACCUUUCCUCAUUCUUGCUAAUAAACAAGAUCUACCAACUGCAAUGACACUGGACGAGUUAAAGGUAAAACUCAAUUUAGUCAAGUUGGAUGGGAUUAAAGAAUGGCAUCUACAUCCAACGUGCGCACUUCGUGGUGAAGGUGUUCGUGAAGGAUUGGGAUGGCUGAUAGACGCCAUGGUAGAAAGGCAAGAUCUACUAAAACCAGUAACGGAAACAAUUCAAGACGCAAAAUCGCUUCAAAGCCAUCUGAAAUCCUUUUUAAAUAUGACUAAUAUGAAAGAAUUCUUAAAUAAAUUUUUAAUUUCUUAUGAGUAUGUCUCAAUGUUUGUAAUUUAUGAUGAAUGA